AUGGCAAGAGCUCCUCCUCUGCACCGGCUGUCUGCUCUUCUCGCCUUGUGCCUUGCCGUGGCGGUUUGUUUCUCCGGCGUCGAAAAUGCUGCGGCGGCGGCCGGGAGCAGGAAGAUGGUCGGUGUUCACGAGCUCAGGAUGGGAGAUUUCUCCAUCAAGGUCACCAACUGGGGGGCGACUCUCAUGUCCGUGAUCCUCCCCGACUCCAAAGGGAACUUGGGCGACGUUGUGCUCGGCUACGACACCGUCGCUGAAUAUGUCAACGGCAGCGCCUACUUUGGGGGUCUGAUCGGCCGCGUGGCCAACAGGAUCGCCGGCGCUCGGUUCGUGCUGGACGGGAAGGCCUACCGGCUCUACCGCAACGACGGCAACAACUCGCUUCACGGUGGCCACCGGGGGUUCAGCAAGGUGAUAUGGACGGUGAAGGAGCACGUCGGCGGCGGUGACUCCCCGUACAUCACGCUCUACUACCAUAGCUUCGACGGGGAGCAAGGGUUUCCCGGCGCCCUGGACGUGUACGUGACGUACCAGCUCUCGUCCCCGUACGGGCUGAGCGUGCGCAUGAACGCCACGGCGCAGAGCAAGGCCACCCCGGUGAACCUCGCGCACCACGCCUACUGGAACCUGGGCGGCCACGGCAGCGGGCCCGUCCUCGGCGAGACGGUGCAGCUCUUCGCGUCGCGGUACACGCCGGUGGCGGACGUCGCCACGCUCAUCCCGACGGGCGCGCUGGCGCCCGUGGCCGGCACGCCCUACGACUUCCGCGCGCCGGCGCCCCUGGGCGCGCGCCUGGCGGACCUGCUGCGCCGCGGCGGCGGCGUCAUCGCGGGCUACGACACCAACUACGCCGUGGACGUGGACGAUGGCGCCGCGUUGACGGCGCUGCGGCCGGUGGCGCGUGUCUGGGACGGCGCGACGGGGCGGGCCAUGGAGCUGUGGGCGGACCAGCCCGGGGUGCAGUUCUACACCAGCAACGGGCUCGGCGGCGUCAGGGGCAAGGGCGGCAGCGUGUACGGGCGGUACGGCGCGCUGUGCCUCGAGACGCAGGGGUUCCCCGACGCCGUGAACCACCCAAGCUUCCCGUCGCAGAUCGUGAGGCCGGGCCAGGUGUACAAGCAUGACAUGGUCUUUAAGUUCUCCUUCGCCUAG